AUGGCCUCUCCACCCUCAACCGUCGCGGCUAGUCCCAAGGUCCACCAGCUCCUACAGAAGCUACACGCUUUAUCAGAAGCCCAAGAAAACUCCAUCUCUCAGCGAUUCUUCUAUGUCUCCCGACUUUUCUACUACUGGAUGUUUAGCGGACAGCGCUGGUCCGCCGCCAGUGACGACCACAUGAGGGAUAAGUUCGUGGCUUUAGAGCCAGACAAAUGCCAAUUCGUCUAUCUAUUGGCGCGAAGCUUAGGCGCUUGCAACAUCGUCGAAGCUGGUACAAGCUUUGGCGUUUCGACGAUAUACUUAGCGCUUGCUGUGGGGCAGAAUAUCGCGGAUCGAACGAGGUCCCUUGGGUCUACCUCCUCUGUAACAGGAAAGGUGAUCGCGACCGAAAACGAGCCUUCCAAGGCCGCAAAGGCGCGGGAACAUUGGAGGGAGGCUGGUGAUGAAGUCGAGCCUUGGAUUGAGCUCCGGGAAGGAAAUUUGCUCGAAACUCUGAAGGUUGAGGAGGGCAUGCCCGAGGAAAUUGACAUGCUACUACUAGACAUAUGGACCCCCAUGGCGCUUCCAACGCUCAAGAUUGUUCAUCCAAGACUCAAACGAGGCGCCGUCAUUAUCGCAGACAACACUACCUCAUCACGCCUACUAUAUAAGGACCUUUUUGAGUAUCUCCAUAAUCCAGAGAACGGGUUUAGAACUCUUACGCUGCCUUUCAAUGGGGGGUUGGAAAUAUCAGUGUAUUUGCCAGAGGAGUAG